CGCGGAAGUCAGGUAGACGCGCCGGGCGCCUCGCAGCCACACUCGGUACCCGCACCCCGACCGCCCGCCCUGCUGGCCCGGGACGUAGUGUGGCCAUCAGCAUGCAGGGGGAAGAGAGCCUCCAGUUCCUGGGGGGGACCGAAGGGGACAGCUUCCCACUGGUAGAGAUCAAUACUUGUGAGACUGAGGCCUCUGAGCAGUGGGAUUAUGUGCUUGUGGCCGAUCAGCGCACCCAGAGAAACCCCAGGCAGGCCCAACAGCAGCAGUGGUUCUUGGAGGAGCUCAGCAGAAAGGGCUUCCAUCACAAGAAGUUGCAGGACAAGGAGAAGAUAUUCUUCGGGAUCCGAGCCGACAGCAGGAUCUUCAACCUGUACCGCACGCUCCUCCUGGAGCCUGAGAAUCCUGCCCCCGGAAUGGAGCCAGCCACACUGACCCCCAUCCCAGCCACCACCAGAAUCCGAAUCGUCAACUUCAUCCUGAACAGCAAAAUGGCAGCCAGCGACACCUUUGAUGAUUUGGUGAAGGACGGGGUCUUUGAGACCAGGUUCCCACUACAUAAGAGGGAGGAGGACCUGAUAAAGAAAUGGGCCCAGUGGAGAAACAUGUUCCACAAGCAGCCGAUUGAUGAAAUCAGGGACUACUUCGGUGAGAAAGUGGCGCUGUACUUCGCCUGGCUUGGCUGGUACACCUACAUGCUGGUGCCUGCCGCAGUGGUAGGCGUCCUCAUCUUCCUGAGUGGCUUCGCCCUGUUCGACACCAGCCAGAUCAGCAAGGAGAUCUGCGAGGCCCACGACAUCUUCAUGUGCCCUCGUGGCGACCACAGCCGCAAGUACCACCGGCUCUCAGACACCUGCACCUUUGCCAAGCUCACCCACCUCUUCGACAACGACGGCACGGUGCUGUUUGCCAUCUUCAUGGCUGUGUGGGCCACGGUGUUCCUGGAGAUCUGGAAGCGGCAGCGCGCCCGUGUGGUCCUGCACUGGGACCUGUAUGGGUGGGACGAGGACCAGGAGGAAAUGGCGCUCCAGCUGAUUAACUGCCCCGACUACAUGCUCCAGCCGUACCAGCACUCCUACCUGCGAAGCACCGCCAUCCUCGUCCUGUCUCUGCUCAUGAUCUGCUUCCUGAUCGGAAUGGCCCACGUCCUGGUGGUCUACCGCGUGCUGGUCACCGCCCUCUUCAGCAACUUGCCCAUCCUUGGGGAGCAGGUGACCACGGCCGUGGUGGUGACUGGAGCCCUGGUGCACUACGUGACCAUCCUCAUCAUGACCAAGGUCAACAAGUGGGUGGCACUGAAGCUCUGCAACUUUGAGAAGCCCAGGACCUUCUUGGAGCGAGAGAGGAAGUUUACCAUCAAGUUCUUCACCCUGCAAUUCUUCGUGCACUUCUCCUCUCUCAUCUACAUUGCCUUCAUCCUGGGCAGGAUCAACGGUCACCCUGGGAAGUCCGUGCGCCUGGCGGGGUUGUGGAAGCUGGAGGAGUGCCAUCUCAGUGGCUGCAUGAUGGACCUCUUCGUGCAGAUGGCCAUCAUCAUGGGUCUGAAACAGACGCUCAGCAACUGCGUGGAGUACCUGCGCCCGUGGCUGGCCCACAAGUGUCGCUUGAGGCAGGGCCACAUGUCCCAGGACCCCGAGCUGAAGGACUGGCAGCGCAACUACCACCUGAACUCGGUCAACAUCUUCAGCCUGUUCGACGAGUUCAUGGAGAUGAUGAUCCAGUAUGGCUUCACCACCAUCUUCGUGGCCGCCUUCCCACUGGCUCCGCUGCUCUCGCUCUUAAGCAACCUCGUGGAGAUCCGCCUGGAUGCCAUCAAGAUGGUCAGGCUGCAGAAGCGCCUGGUGCCCCGCAAGGCCAAAGACAUCGGGACCUGGCUGAAGGUGUUGGAGACCAUCGGCGUGCUGGCAGUCAUUGCCAAUGGGAUGGUCAUCGCCUUCACGUCUGAGUUCAUCCCCCGAAUGGUGUACAAGUACCGCUACGGCCCCUGCCGAUGGGGGCCCCGCCCUGAAGUCGACUGUCUCACAGGCUAUGUCAACCACAGCCUGUCCUUGUUCUACACCAAGGACUUCCAGGACCCCGAUGGGACAGAGGACCCGGCGGACGUGACCGAGUGCAGGUACAGGGACUAUCGCAACGCUGGGGACUACAACUUCUCCGAGCAGUUCUGGGUCCUCCUGGCCAUCCGCCUGGCCUUCCUCAUCCUCUUCGAGCACGUGGCCUUGUGCAUCAAGCUCAUCGCUGCCUGGCUGGUGCCUGACGUGCCCCAGAUGGUGAAGAACAAGGUUCUGGAUGAGAAGUACCAGAGGCUCCUGGAGAAGCUGAGAUCCAGUCCCAGGAGCACAGAUGUGUAGGGGACCCCGAGCUGGUCAAGAGUUGCUGGUGCCCAGGAGCCAAGGCUCAGAGCCGCCACCACCGCUUCCUACGCCUACUGUGUAGGCCUGGGGGGCAGAAAGAAGGCCUGUGUGUGUGUGUGGGUGUAUACGUGGGGUGCCCGGAGGCCCCUACACACGUGGGUCCGUGUAUGUCUGUGGCUCAGGGCGUCUCAGGAGCACUGAUGGUGGCUGUUCUGUCCGUUAGAGCUCAGGCUCGGCACAGCCCUGACUUGAACUCUUGAGUGACCCCUGCCACCCAUGGAACUGACAGUGGAGUCUUCUCAUGCGGUCACAACGCAUGAAAACCCAGCCCAUUUCCUGACCCAGGUCCUGCCCCACCCCCAUUCUGGCUGGUCAGGGGCCCUGACCCCACCUCCCUGGCUCCCCUCAGCCAACAGAACUUUCUAUAAUAAAACAGGAAAAGACUCUUUAUGUUGA